AGCCGCCGCUGCCGUAAAGCGUGGGCGGAGCCGCAAAGCGUCCCCGGCGGAGGGAGGCGGCGCAGUAAGAUGGCGGCUGGGCAGCAGCCCGGGGAAGGAGGAUCUCGGCCUGAGCGGGCCCGGGGCCGCUGGGAGUAGGUCUUUCAGCAAAUCUACAGAGCCAGUUUCCCAGGUGCUGCUGGGUCUGUGUGGUGGAUAGAAGUAGGAAAGGUUCACCCUGAACAAAAACAAGAUGUCGGAAAAGGGGAGUAGCACCGAUGGAAAAACAGAUAUAGCCAACGGGAGCUUAUCCAGCAGCCCUGAAGAAAUGUCUGGAGCAGAGGAGGGACGAGAGACCUCCUCAGGCAUCGAAGUAGAGGCCUCUGACCUCAGCCUGAGCCUCACUGGGGACGACGUAGGGCCCAACCGCACCAGCACAGAGAGCCGGGACACAGACACGGAGAGCUCGGGAGAGGAAAAGGACUCGGACAGCAUGGAUGACACGGGCCACUACUCGAUCAAUGAGGAGAACCGGGCCCACGACCGGUCCCACUCAGACGAGGAGGAGGAAGAAGAGGAGGAGGAGGAGGAGCAGCGGUCCCGGCGACGUGCCCAGCGCAAGCGUGCCAACCACGAUCAAGACUCCUCGGAUGAUGAGCGGGCGCUGGAGGACUGGGUGUCCUCGGAGACGACUGCUCUCCCUCGGCCCCGCUGGCAGGCUGUGCGUGCCCUCCGGGAGAGGGAGCUGGGCUCCAGCUCACGCUUUGUCUACGAGGCCUGCGGGGCCAGGGUCUUUGUGCAACGUUUCCACCUCCAGCACGGCCUCGAGGGGCACGGCGGCUGUGUCAAUACCUUGCACUUUAACCAGCGUGGCACGUGGCUGGCCAGUGGCAGCGACGACCUUAAGGUGGUGGUUUGGGACUGGGUCAGGAGACAGCCGGUGCUGGAGUUUGAGAGUGGCCACAAGAGCAACGUCUUCCAGGCUAAGUUCCUCCCCAACAGCGGCGACUCGACUCUAGCCAUGUGCGCUCGGGAUGGCCAGGUCCGGGUAGCCGAACUCUCUGCCACCCAGUGCUGCAGAAACACCAAGCGCGUGGCACAGCACAAGGGAGCCUCACAUAAGCUGGCCCUAGAGCCGGAUUCUCCAUGCACUUUCUUAUCAGCUGGCGAAGAUGCUGUGGUCUUCACCAUUGACCUGAGACAAGACCGCCCUGCUUCGAAACUGGUUGUGACAAAGGAGAAAGAAAAGAAAGUGGGUCUCUACACCAUUUAUGUGAAUCCCUCUAAUACGCACCAGUUUGCUGUGGGUGGCAGGGAUCAGUUUGUCAGGAUUUAUGAUCAGCGGAAAAUAGAUGAAAAUGAAAACAAUGGCGUGCUUAAGAAGUUCUGCCCUCACCACCUGGUAAACAGCGAGUCCAAAGCUAACAUCACCUGUCUCGUGUACAGCCAUGAUGGAUCAGACCUCUUGGCCAGCUACAAUGACGAAGACAUCUAUCUCUUCAACUCUUCUCACAGCGACGGGGCAGAGUACGUCAAGAGAUACAAGGGACAUCGCAAUAAUGCCACAGUGAAAGGUGUUAAUUUCUACGGCCCGAAGAGCGAGUUCGUGGUGAGUGGCAGCGACUGUGGACACAUCUUCCUGUGGGAGAAGUCAUCCUGCCAGAUUGUGCAGUUCAUGGAGGGCGAUAAAGGAGGAGUGGUAAACUGCCUGGAGCCUCACCCUCACCUUCCUGUCCUGGCCACCAGCGGGCUGGAUCACGAUGUCAAGAUCUGGGCACCGACCGCGGAGGCGCCCACUGAGCUCGCCGGACUGAAGGAGGUGAUCAAGAAGAACAAGCGGGAGCGAGACGAGGACAGCUUGCACCACACUGACCUGUUUGACAGCCACAUGCUGUGGUUCCUCAUGCACCAUCUCCGACAGAGACGUCAUCACAGGCGCCGAAGAGAACCCGGAGCAACCGAUGGUGACUCGGACGAGUCCCCCAGCUCCUCUGACACCUCGGACGACGAAGAGGAGGGGCCAGAUCGGGUGCAGUGCAUGCCUUCGUGAGGCCACCGCGGCCGGAGAAGCCCUUGGAAGGGUGGGGUGAAGGGAGGAGACAAAAAAAAAAAAAUCUCUACUAACAAACACUUUCAGCUUUUUAUUGGAAUGUUAAGGAACCCCCGACUCCUCCUCCCCCCGUGGGCCCUGGGGCGACCAGCUCAGCAAGAUGCACUUUUGGACUCGCCUUUGCUUUAGGGGCCUCAGGAGCCCUUGCCAGGAAGGGGAGAGGGCGGAGUGUCAGAGAGAGAGAGAGACGGAGCAUUAGCCCUGGUCUCCCCGUGUGGAUCUGCCUGGAGGAAGGAAGGGGGCCUGUGGAGAGGCCUGUGUUCUUUUGGUACUAGAAGAUGUUUCCGGAGGAGGGCGCGCUUGGCUGCCAUGCAUGCCUCUUCCCAGAGCUUCUCUCCAGCCUGCGUUGAGUUGAGUUGUUUUUUUUUUUUCCCCUUCCUCUCCUGGAUUUGUUGGCGUGGGCCCGAGAGGCGUUCUGCAAGCUUGUGCUUUGAGGGGCACGGUCUCGUGUUUCUCUUGGCUUGGUUUUCCCCCCCCCCCCCACCCGAGAGAUCUGACUCUGCUUCUCUCAAACUGGGGCCUUCCCUCCCUUUCUGUGUUGGUUUUAUUAUUUUCCCCUCCCAGGGGUUCCUAGGAAAGGAACCCCUGCUCUAGAACGUCUCCACCGAGCUUGUGUUUUGGCUCACCCAUGCAGAACCUGUCGUCAUGCCUACUUCCUGCCCCCCCCCGGGGGUGUUUGCAAAGAGACGCUUGCCUAGUUUGUACAUAUCAGUGAUUUGCACUUGGUUUGGACCCUUUCUCCAGCCGCCCCCUUGACAAAUAGCGAGCUAGGGCCCUGAUCUUGCUGUCCUUGCCCUGGUAGGAUUCCAGUGGAGGGAAGUUAUUUGCCAGAGGAAGGGUGGUAGGAUCAGCCUCUUAGUGGAGAGGGGAGUAAAGGAAGGUCCUUUAAUUUUCUGUUACUUUUAAAAAAAAAAAAAAAAUCUAUUGUUUUGGGAGCUGUGGCCAGGAGGUUCCCCGUCACUGUUUAGAGGCCUAAUUUUAUAUAUAUUAAACACCAAACGAACCAAACUGAACUUGGAUGUUAUCAAGUUAAAAUUAUUGUAAAAGUUUAAAUAUAUAUUAUAUAUAAAUGCAAUAAAAAAUUGAGUGAGA